CUUCCCAUUACCCAGAGAUGGUGUGGUCUGCCUGGAAUUUUCAGGAAACUAAAUUGAUUCCCUUGCAGUGACCAGAAUCUUCCUGAGAAGCUGGCAGCUGGACUCAGAGCUAAGGAUGGCAAGAAUAGGAAGUGGAGCAGCCUCUCUGCCCAGGAGCCUCGUCUUUUUGGUCUUCCUGAAGCUACUGCCUUUGGCAAUUGGGAAGGCAGACUUCCAGGUGUUGGGGCCACAGCAACCUGUGCUGGCUGUGUUGGGCAAGGAUGCAGAGCUGCCCUGCUGGCUGUCACCCAACAUCAGCGCACACCUCAUGGAGCUGCGCUGGUUUCGUGAACAGCCUUCGCCCGCUGUGCACGUGCACCACGCCGGGCAGGACAAGAUUGGAGAACAGAUGCCUGAGUACCACAACAGGACUAGUUUCGUGGACCUCGACAUGGCCCAGGGCAAGGCUGCAGUGCGCAUCCAUCGAGUCACCGCCUCAGACAACGGAAGCUACCACUGCCUCUUCAAGGAGGGCAGGGCCCAGGAAGCUGCCACCCUUUGGCUGCAAGUGGCAGGAGUGGGCUCCAAGCCCAGAAUCCAAGUGAUCCACACCCAGGAUAGAGGUGUCUGGGCAGAGUGCACCUCUGAUGGCUGGUACCCACAGCCUGAGAUCAAGUGGAAAGGACAGACCUUGCCUAAUGAGACCAAGUUCUCAGUGUCAGCCAACACUAGCCUCUGGGCUGUGGUGUCCAGGGUGGCCCUCCAGGAUGGGGCUGUGGACAGCUUCUCUUGCUCCAUCUCCAACACUCUCCUCUCGGAGGAGAAGGUGGCUAACAGUCAUCUGCCUGCACCCUUCUCCAGAGGGUCUCAGCUUAGGAAACAGAGACUAGCCCUGGCUUUCUCCCUCCUUGCCAUGGGACUCAUAAUGGCUGGAGUCAUCUACCUCUUUGGGAAUUGUCAAAGGAAAGCUUAUCGGACACAGCUGACAGAAGAGACAGAGGGAGGAAGAGAUGAGCAGAGCCAGCAAGCCAGCAUGCCAAGGGCAAUGCCUCUCCAUGGUCUGCUUAUGAGCAACUUCGAAUAAGCAUGCCAGGAUUGCUGCUGUUGGCAUCACGCUGUGAAGCUGAGCUCCAUAUCCACGAUCGUUGCCUCUUACUGCCCACUCUCAGUUCUAGAAACCACCACUUGACCCUCUCCUGCUAUGAUUUUGACUGCUUAAAGUGGGAUCAUAAAGUAUUUGUCUCUCUGUGCCUGGUUUAUUGCACUUAGCACAAUACUCACAGAUUCAUCCAAGGGGUGGUAAAUGACAAGAUUUGUUUUCUUAAGGCUAAAUAAAAGUUCAACUACAAAAUCUAAUUAUAGCAACAACAAUGAUAAUAAUCAUCACCAUCAUCACCAUUUGAUUUUAAAAGGAAGGGCUUAAAUAGACAAUCCUCUGAAGACAUACAAAUGGAAACUGCCAACAAGUGCACGAAGACAUCACUAAUCAUUAGGAGCUGGUGCUAUCACUUGGCACCUGUGAGAUUGGCCUUUACCAAGAAAUAACAAUAAACUCAACAAUGUGAUGGGAAUGAAAAUUGGUUCAACUUUUAGGGAAAACAGAAGGGAAGCACCUCAAAAAGUUAAAUAUGGAGUUGUCAUAUGAUCCAGUGGUCCCAAUAGGUAAAACUCAGAAGAAAGACUCUAUGUUGACACACCUGCACACCCAUGUUCACUUCAGCACUCUUUAUACUAGCUGAGACACAAAUAUGAUCUAGUUGUCUUUUGAUGGGUGGCUGGAUGAAUAAGAUAAGCACACACCUUCCAAGGCCGACCCCUACUUUACUCACAUCCCUCCA